UCAACAUAUAUACCUCUCGGAUCUCCAACUUUUCUCAUUUUUUUUCUCUCUCUACAAAAACAAAGAGAGCUUUUAGAGAGAGAAAACCCAAAUGGGAGACUGUAAACGAAAUGCAACCAUUUCUUUCAUGGAAUCUUCAAGCUCUGCCCUAGCUAUGGCCAAGAGAAGGAAAAUUGUAGUUAGCUCCUCCAACCAGCAGCUUCGACGACAGUCUUCCUCUUCUACUACCAAUGAUGAACUCGGACUCGGUACUUUAACGGAGAAUUCUUCGCCGAAAAUGCUCAACAAUGGCGUGGUUAUCUCCGCCGCCACUGGUGGUACCUGCUCCAUGUUUUCCACGGAUUGGCCGUCGCCGCCGCCGUCUAACUGCUUCAGCAAUGAAACGAGUAGUGACCAGGUCGUUAACGACAGAAGCUUGCGACUCGUAGAUCUGCAGGUUGAUGGAGUCAAGAGUUUUGAAACCACAGACUCUAUCCCUAUGUAUAACAACAGCAACAAAUUCAGCAGGGAAACUACGCCGUCAAGCGAGCUGUGCGGAGAAUCAGCAGAGGAAGCAGAAGCGUUAGCGUUAGCUGUUAACAUCAGGAGAAGGACACCGUCGGGUAUAACACCUCCGAGGAACGAGAUCGAGGAAUUCUUCGCCAUAGCGGAGAAGACUGAGCAAAAGCGCUUUACAGAAAAGUACAACUUUGAUGUUGUGAAGGAUACGCCCUUGGAUGGUCGGUACCAGUGGGUUUGUUUAAAGCCUUAGAAGAAUUAAAACAAAAACAAAUAGGAUAUUGGGUAAGGAAAUUAAGCUAAAAUGACAUAGGGUAGGACUGAAAUGGGCAUACGACAUUACUUGCUUUGGAGAAUUGGGUACUGUUUCUUACUUUGUCGUUUGUACAGUUUCUUUUAAUUUUAUCUAUAUAUGCAAUAUUGUAAGAAGAAGCUGGUUCAAUCGAGCUCUUUUUACUAUUUAGCUACUAAUUGUACUAGAAUUCAUAUAUAGAAGCUUCUUUUUAUCCCUUU